AGUGGCGCCACUAUCCAGUCAUUGCAGUCUCGAAUAGACUUUGCCGUGCAAGGGUCUUUCGUCGUCAAUUUUAACAUGAUCGAGUAAAAUACAUUGAUAUUUAAUUUGAUAAACAAUUUUAAUAAUCUUUCAAAGACUUAUAUAUAUCCUAUAUAUAAAAUAUGAAGGUAGUAGCAUUAUUAAGUGGCGGUAAAGACUCUUGUUUUAAUAUGAUGCAAUGUAUUGCUGCUGGUCAUGAUGUCGUAGCUAUAGCAAAUUUAUAUCCUGUUGGAAAAGAUGAAUUAGAUUCUUUUAUGUUUCAAACAGUUGGACAUCAAGGUGUUGAUUAUAUUGCUAAAGCUAUGGGUUUACCAAUAUAUCGUGAACCAACAUUUGGUAGAUCAAAAAUGCAAGAAAAACUUUAUUAUCCUACUGAAGAUGAUGAAGUCGAAGAUCUCUUUCGACUUUUGAGUAAAGUAAAAAAACAAGAAAAUAUAGAAGGAGUGUCUAGUGGAGCUGUUCUUAGUGAUUAUCAGCGUCUCCGCGUGGAAAAUGUGUGUAGCCGUCUAGGACUUGUUUCUUUAUCAUAUUUAUGGCGAAGAGAUCAAGAGGAUUUGUUAAAAGAGAUGAUAGAAAAUUCAAUAAAUGCCGUUAUAAUAAAAGUGGCAGCUUUAGGUCUAGAGCCAAGACAUUUGGGUAAAUCUAUAUUGGAAUUGCAAUCUCACUUUGCCAAAAUAAAAGAAAAGUACGGUGUCAAUGUAUGUGGGGAAGGUGGAGAAUACGAAACUUUUACUUUAGACUGUCCAUUAUUUAGUAAAAGUAUCAUAAUAGAUAAAUAUGAAAGUGUAGUACAUUCAAAUGAUGAUAUAGCACCUGUCGGAUACAUUAAUUUUAAAAAAAUACAUCUACGAGAUAAGAAUAAUGGUUUAGAAACAUUAUCACUAAGAGAGCGGCUUAAAACUGUAUCGGUUAAAACUCCAUAUGAUUAUAUUUCUGAAGUUGUUGGACCAGAAUUACAAGAUGGAUGUAAUUUAUCUGAAGACGAAACUGACGAACAAGCAUGUGACGAUCGUAAUAUGAAGGCUUCUAAUUCUGGUCAUUUUAAUCCCCCAAGUCCAGUACAAGUUUUAUAUGAAGAAGAGGAUUAUCCAGAUGUACCAGUUAUUAACAAAAAUCAAACAGGUUGGUUUUGGUUUGGUGGUAUAGCAGGAAAACACUCAGAUGUAAAAUCUGCAACGAAAGAAGCACUGGAAAAAUUAAGCAGUUUAGUCAAAAAAGAAAAUCUUCAAAUAUCUGAUAUUGUUGCUGUAACAUUAUAUAUAAAGGAUAUGUCAAAUUAUGCUUCUAUAAAUGAAGUAUAUACAUCAUGGUUGAACAAAACAAAUCCACCAGUUCGUAUAUGCGUAGAAUGUCCAUUAAAUAUACACGUUGUACUUGAUGCUAUAGCUUAUAAAGAGAUACAAGACUGUGGUGAUAAGAAGGUUCAUAAGCGACACACGAUGCAUGUUCAAAGUAUUAGUCAUUGGGCUCCUGCCAAUAUCGGCCCUUAUUCUCAAGCUGUUCGCGUGGGUGAUAUCAUAUCCGUUGCUGGACAAAUACCUUUGGUACCUGGUAAUAUGACUCUUCUCGAUUUGAACAUAAAACGUCAAUGUCGCUUGACAUUAAGGCACAUAGAUCGCAUUGUUAAAGCUAUGGAUACAAAUACACAGCUUAGAGAUAUUGUACAGGGAAUUUGUUUUUUAACUCAUCCAAGUUAUAUACCAGAUGCACGUAAAGAAUGGGAAAAACGAACUAAUAAUGCAAUUGUAGAUUAUAUUGUUGUUCCACAUCUUCCACGAGAUGCUCAAGUUGAAUGGUGUGUGUGGGCACAUAGAGAUAAUAAUAGAUUUGAGUAUGAAGAGACAGGAAAAUGUGUCGGCAAUUUUAAAGUUGCAAUAAGGCGAAGAUGGAAUUAUGAAAAUAAUGUUUCUGCAAUUGUGUGCUACUUAUCAACAGGUUCAUCCAAUUCUAUAGGCAAUUUAGCAGCAGAGACAAAUUUGCCUUCUCCGGAAUUGACUGCAGCUGAAUUAACAGAAGCAUUCGAAUAUCUUUUAUGUAAAUUAACAAAAGGGACUCAAACUAUUAAUCCCACGUGUAACUUGCGGAUUUUCUACAAAGUUGGCUCCUCACCCGGUCCAAAUUUUGUUCAUAAUGUUUUGUCACAAUUUUCAACGCGAAAUUUGGUAACCACUAUUAUACCAGCAACUCAUCUUCAUAACUUUAGCACUUUCUUAUCUAUAUGUGGUAUUAGGCAUGAGUAAAUCUUCUCGUCACUCUAUAUUGUCAAUUAUUCGUGAAAAUUAAGAUACAUGUUUAGAAUAAAUGCUACCAAAGACCUGAAUCUGGAAUUUUUACAGGAAUUUCUUUAAAUCAUUUAAGUUUUCAUUUAUCAAGAAAAUAAAUUUAUUGAAUCAAACUGAAACAAAAAUAAAUGGGGUCAUUGGCAAUUGUAUAGGUUUUCGCUAAUAUCUUAUACAUAUAUUAUUGAUUCUUUACCGGGGAAAAAAAUAUGUUCGUUUUAUAAAAAAUUUCUUUACCUCAAUCGUUUUAUCAAUUAAUAUUUCGCGACAAUUAAUAUUAUCUCAUAUUUUGGCUAGUCAACGGGAUAAAGUGCAAUUUUAAACUGAAUAUGUCCCGUUAGUAUAAGUGUUCUAUAUAAUGCAAUGCAUAUUACGUAAAUUCGUAAGUUUGUUCAUGUGCCAUGUCUCGAUUUUUGUUGAAGGUAUUUUUUUAUUUUCGCUAUAUGCGGAGUGUUACAUGUGUGAAUUUUGCAAACAAAAAUUAUUGAAAUGCGCAUAUUCAUUUUGCAGUAAACUCGAAAUUAAACAAUUAAAAGAACAAUAUAUAUUAGAAAUAUUUAAGAAAGCUAUUUCGCUUAUCUUAUUAAUUUAAGUAAAUAUCUAGUUAUGUUUCUAAUUGAAAUAGAAAUGCACGAAGCAGCAUGUAAUUACAAAUAUCAUGUCAGAAAUGUACUCUUAUUCUGAAUAUGCUGCCUGAACUGCUUCCAGCAUAUUAUCAACAAGUGUUUAUACUAUAAAGAUGGAACUUUUAUCUUAUAAAUAUUAUGUAAAAUAUAUUACUCAUGAAAAGUAUUGAACAGAGAAAGAUUUGCAAUGUAUGAUUAAAUAAUUAUUGUGUUUCAAAGGCAUAAUAUUGUACAGAGAUACAAAACAUUGAAGUAAAAAUCACUUACAAUUGUAUGUAUUGUUAAUGCAACGAUAUAUCAAAAUGUAUAUUUUAUGACUCUAACACUCCUCGAACGGUUUUUACCAUCAUCUUUGGUUUGUACAUAUUGCAAAAUAGUAUAAGAUAUCCUUGUAAUCUAUUGUAAUAUACAAUUAGUUUCAAUUGAAAACAGUUAUUGAUUAUGCGUGAAUAUAAAGCAUAUAAAUUUUUUCAUAGAAAAAAGAACUUGGCAAAUUAUUUACGGCAUGGAUACUAUAUUAUAAAUAUGUAAAAAGAAUGUUUACAUGCAUUCAAUACCUGCAACAGAAUACUGACUCAAGGUUACUGCAAAAGGAAAAUAAAGAAAGUGAUAUAUAUUUUUAAAGAAA